AACCAACCGACAAACAAAAAAAUCACAGCGCAUCAACACGACCUACCAUCGACAAAUCCAAAUCCAAAUGGCGCUUACCUGCACUGAUCUCAGAGGCACGCUCCCUCUUCUUGCCCAAGGGAAAGUUAGGGAUGUCUACACUCUAUCCUCGGACUACCUUCUAUUUGUCGCAACGGAUCGCAUUUCUGCUUACGACUUUAUCAUGAAAAAUGUUUGCUUCCGUCAAUGGUCUUUUUUAAUUUUUUUUUUAAUUUUACACAUAGCAAUUAACAUUUAAUAGGGCAUCCCAAACAAAGGGAAACUUCUCACCGCCCUUUCCGAGUUCUGGUUUACCACGGUUCUCAAGGAUGUUGGCCCGAACCACUUUGUUUCCUCCAGCAUGGACUUUCUCCCAGAGAAACUUCAGAAGUACUCCCCGCAACUUAAGGACCGCUCCAUGGUCGUUAAAAGGCUCAAAGUCCUUCCGGUUGAAGCUAUUGUUAGGGGAUACCUUACUGGCAGCGCUUGGAUUGAGUAUAAGAACUUCGGGACUGUUCACGGAAUUCGGGUUCCAGAAGGAAUGGUGGAGAGUCAGGCCUUUGAGAAGCCACUGUUCACCCCUAGCACCAAGGCUGCUCAGGGCCAACACGGUAAUUUCCUUCCAUCUUAUUUGCUGGAAUUGGGGCGGACACAGGCGCAUUGAAUACUAACUUGACACUAUUGGCAGACGAGAAUAUCCAUCCCGAUAAGGUCGUUCAACUUCUUGGCCAUAAGUAUGCAAAGAAGAUUGAGGACCUCUCUCUUGCUUUGUAUGCUAGGGCCCGCGACUACGCCGUUGAGAGAGGCAUUAUUAUUGCCGAUACGAAGUUUGAAUUUGGCCUUGACGAGGACGAAAACGUUGUUCUUGUUGACGAGAUUUUAACCCCGGGUUGGUUCUUUAAAUCCAGCUCCCUUGAUUAUUCAUGCGCUAAUGAUGGAAUAGAUUCAUCUCGGUUUUGGCUCGCCUCUUCCUACCAGGCGGGAAGGUGUCAAGAUUCCUACGACAAACAAUUCCUUAGGGACUGGUUGACUAAGAAUGGUUUGAAGGGCAGACCAGGUAUUGUGAUGCCUGAUGAAAUUGUUGUUGAAACGAGCAAGAAGUAUCACGAAGCUUAUGAGCUUCUUACUGGUAGCGGGUGGAAGGAGACUUGA